AAGAAGAUGUUUAUAGUCUCUGUCUAAACUAUACCUAGGCAGAUCCUUUCUCAAUCUCUAUCUUGAACAUGAGAGCCCAAUUCCGGGGAGUUCUCACCUUGGCACUCAUGGUCGCCGUGUGUGCAUUGCUCUAUGUGCUUCUGUAUGGACAAAUCUCUGAUCAUAGCGUCAGCUAUUUUCAAAAACUACAACUAGUUCCUCGGGGAGGGCGUCUCCAUGAAAUGAAUUGCCCUUGUAAAAAUACAACAAGAGAUGUCUUUACGGCUGGAUCCGGGUCUGCACACAAGGAGACCCCCAUGCUCUGGCUGCAAAAAAAGGACUUCAAGCAAUAUCCCAUCUGGGCUUCUGAGGAUGUUUAUGUCCGGGACAAGCAAAAGAGGCAGAUGACCUGUCCCCAGUCUCUGAGGAACUCCCAGAACACAGGCUUCAAGCAGGCCUUUAUACCAGACAUCCAGAUGUACCUCCACGGAGAACUACUCAACCAGUCAGAGUGGAACAGACUAGCCUACUUCAAUAACCCCUUUGGCUUUAUGGACUACACAAACUACACAGAGAUAAAGGCAGUGGUGGAUCUGAUCCCCAAGCCCAGAGAGCCCCUGCUCUUGCCACGGGGAAACCCUGGAUGUAUAUGCUGUGCUGUGGUGGCAACAGGAGGAAUACUCAACGGCUCUAGGAUGGGCAAGGAGAUAGAUGCUCACGACUAUGUGUUCCGGAUGAAUGGUGCCAUAACCAAGGGUUACGAGGAGGAUGUAGGCAACAGAACCUCGGUCUACGUUCACACCGCCCACUCCAUCACCCAGUCUCUUUUCAUAUUCAAGAAAUAUGGCUAUGACAGUGCACCGCAUGACAAGGGUAUAAAGUAUGUGCUGAUUCCAGAGGGGCUGAGGGAUUUCCAGUGGCUAAAGGGUCUAUUGGGGAGGACAACUGUCUCUGAUGGACCCUACAAGAACAGACGACCGUGGAUGCAAUACUCAGGAGAGUUUGAUGAGAACCGCUUCUAUGUUCUUCACCCUGACUUCCUCAGAUACACCCGUAACAGGUUCAUGAGGUCCGAGGCGCUGAAGGGUUCUUAUUGGGCUAUAUGCAGACCUACUAACGGAGCAUUCACACUCUUCCUGGCCCUGCACACCUGUGACGUGGUGGAUGCGUAUGGAUUCAUCACUGAGGACCACAGUAAAUAUCCUAACUACUACGCUGAGAGGCACUCUAAAACCAGAGUCAUCUUCUACGCUAAUCACGACUACAACCUAGAGAUCAAGACCUGGAAGAAACUACAUGACACCGAGAUCAUCAGGCUUUAUCAGAGACAGGAGAGCCCAGAGAGAAAGACAGGAAAGCCAACAGAACCAUAAAACCCUGUCUCUCUGCAGAGAUGAGGAAAGAUACAUCGACAUGUAUCUUGUUACAAAAUAAACUAAAGACCAAUGCAUUUAUAUCAGAAUAAACAAUAAAAUACUGGUGCCAAGUAAUGUAUUUAAUUAAAAUGCAUGUAUUAUUCAUCCCAUGCCAUCAGGGGCAACAGUGAGCGCUGUUACCUUCAAGUAGGUUGAAGUUUUUCUAGGGCGUUGUUGACGGAGAUGGCGGAUAGGUAUCUGCCUCAGGUGCCAAAGGUAGCACGCUCGAAUCCAGCAAUUGAAAGUUGUUUUUUAGAUUUUUGUUUUAAGCCUAUCCCAAACCUUCACCCUUACCUUAACCAUUUAAUUCACCCUUACCUUAACCUUAAUUCUAACAUUUACAAUUCAGAGUUAAUGCCUAAACUUAAUUCUAACACUUACAAUUCAAAGUUAAUGCCUAAACUUAAUUCUAACAUUUAAAAUUCUGCGUUAAUGCCUAAACUUAAUUCUAACAUUGACAAUUCAGAGAUAAUGCCUAAACUUAACCAUAAAUACUUAAAAAGUUGAUGUUUGCAACAACUUUGAAAUUUUACAUUUGAGAAACAUGGACGGACAUCUAAUUCUGACUGUGAGAGCUAGCUGACAAAUAGCCAAUAAUACUGGUGCCAAGUAAUGUAUUGAAUUAAAAUACAUGUAAAAUACAUUUGCAAGUAGCCCCCUUUCUUUAUGGUUUGUGUUAACGUUGCUUUAAAGUAAUUUGUCAACAUAUUGUGACGUGGAAUCUACAUGGACAAUACAUUGGAUUUGAAAAAAGUUUUCAACUGUUGUUUUGAGGUUGAAAUUUCAACCACAGGAUUAUGUCAUCAUGGUAACCAAAUUUCAACAUACACAAACCUUGUAUAAAAUAUGUUGAAUGUGUACCUUUAACCCUCAUGGGAAUUGGCCUAUAUGGAUAGGGCUAAUGUAAACGCUUCUUACAGAAGUAAAUGCUUCUUUGAUCAAUUAUUAAUUGAUAGACAAGCUGGCAUUAAAGCCAAACCAAGUUAGUGGCACAGAUGGAACUAUCAACUUCAAAUGUUGAUAUUUGAUAUUUGCGUUGACAAUCAAAUGAUUCAAUAGCACUUUUGAAAUACAAUAAAUAGCCUAUAAAGCUGUUGAUAAGUUAACAAAUGAUAUGUUGAAUUCACAUUUGCAACUCAAACUAAAAUAAAUGUUAAUGAAUGCAAUUAAACGAUAUUAUCUCAACUACAAUCCAGGUAAUGUGGUUGUGCUAUUAAAUGAAGCACAGAGAUAACACAUGAAUCUGUUGUAUAAAUAAACAUAAUAUCUGACAUUGUAUUCACAUUUGAACAUUGCUGUGCUUUUAAAUGGUUGAAAGCGCAGCGAUAGAGAUUUGGGUGACUAAGCCAAAAAUCGAACAUUGUUUUUCCAUUGGAAAUUGGUUGUGCUUUUAGAUGGUUGAAAGCACAUUGGAAACUGAAUUAACUUUUCGCUGUCUUUUUGAGCGGGUGAAUAUAGUUUGUAAUCUCAUUGAUCAAUAUCUCAACCAAAUAUUACCCAAUUAUCCACGUUGAAAUGACGUGUUGUGCCCUUUGGGAAAUGUCACGUUUGAGGGGUGCUCACAGCUAAAAACUAAACGCUGAUAUCGGGACCUUGACAGGUUUAGCAGUGAGUAUGUGAACACCAUGAAAACACACAAGACUGAUGGCUAUGGCUAUGCACAACAAGUAUAUUAUUAUUCUGGCUUUAUCUAGUUUUAUUUGUGAUAUUUUAUCUUGCCUCACUGGCUUGCUAACUUCCUAGGUAAUCAAGCCUCCGAUGACAUCUGUGACGUUGUAGACGAUAACCACCGAGGUAAAGACAGUUUCAAGUGGGAUAUUUGACGGAUAUUCACGCUUUCAAACCUCAAUAGCUUUCAAACCACUUGAGCCACAGACUCCAAAUAAGUGUCAUGAUGUUGGAAAAAUUGCGCACAGCAUUGCACAGGUCUUAUUUUCACGAUUUGGACAUUAAUUCGCUUUCUAAAGCUAAUAAAUGUGGACAUGUGAACAGCA